AUGCAUCGAUCAGAUAAGUUCGUUGUGCUUAUUUUCCUCUUCGUUCGACCAAUCUGCAGCCUAGCCAAACUUUGCGAAACCGAGGACUAUGACGAUGGAGUUUGUAUUCCUUUCGCUAAAUGUGAUACUUUCCGAGAGUCAAGGAUUCAGGCUACUCAAUCUGCUGGCCAACGAGGCUUGAUAGAACGGGAGCAGAAAAAGUGUUUGGGUGACGACAAUGAAUUGGGAGGGAUGAUCUGCUGCAAAAGAAAACCACGACCAACCAUUGCUAGAUCGUACGAGGAUGCCAAACUACCAGUUAAGGACCAAUUUCGUCUUUUACCGGAUGUAAGCAUUUGUGGCUCGGAAAGUGCCAAUCGGAUUUAUCAUGGAAAUGUAACCGAUCUCGAUCAGUUUCCUUGGUUGGCAUUGGUAAAGUACAUUGAUGAGGAGGAAAAUGAAUCUUUUAAGUGUGGUGGAUCGCUUAUCUCACAACGUUACGUUCUCACGGCUGCUCACUGCAUCACCAAUGCGAUUGCUGCAGUCCGUCUCGGGGAGUGGAAUUUAGAUACGGAUCCAGACUGUGUAACUGAACAGGGAAUUCAGCGCUGUGCUGAUCCGGUAAUUGAUGUGGGCAUCGAGAAGAUUUCUAUUCACAAGAAUUACACCAGGCGUGUGUCCAAAGGCGGGAAAAUAGAUAUGGCUUUGCUGCGAUUGGAUCGCAAUGUCGCUUUCGGAGGGUUUAUUUCUCCAAUCUGCCUGCCCAAAAACGACGUCGAAGGACAGUUUAGCAGAGAUCAAACAUUUUACGUUGCUGGCUGGGGAAUGACCGAAGAUGAUGUGGCCAGUACGAAGAAGCUGUUUGUCGAUGUGGCAAACGUCGAUCUAGAGGAGUGUCGAAAUAAGAUCAAUGCACCGUUGAUAAAAAUUGACGAAACGAUGAUCUGUGCCCUGGGCAAGGAUGGAAAAGAUGCCUGCCAGGGCGAUUCCGGUGGACCACUCAUGGAGAUCAAACAGCUCAGUAGUAAAACAAAUCGUUAUUUUUUGAAAGGAGUUGUCAGUAAGGGCUUGGCUUGCGGUACCAGCAAACCAGGAUUUUACUCUAAUGUGUAUAAGCAGAUUGAUUGGAUUGUUUCCAAUAUGGAACAAUAAUAUUAAUUGAAAAACAGCGAGCGAGAGGAUCCGCUUCCUAGGUAAAAAUAAAUCUCCUUUGAAAAAGCAGCUUAAUCUUUAGCAGUUUGUAGAAAAGAAACUAUGAUUAGCAUUAGCAACUAGGUUGCUAAGUCGGAUUUGCAAUAAACAGCGAUCGUAUAAUUACACCCAGAUAAAAACUGCUUUUAAAACCCCAGAUAUCAAUGACGCGUGUUUGAACCUUAAUAACCGCAUGUUUUCAUUAAUGACAGAAUCUUUAAGGGGACAUAAACGACCAAAAAUGUUGAAAAAACCUAAUUUAAUCCACCUAGUGGUGAAAGGAACCUUUGUUAUACGGUCUUACUUGCUAUUUGAGAUAGAAAUCGACACGUUUGGUUUACAUGAAAUUUUUGGAAAUUGAAUAAGUUUACAAAAUUUGAACCAAAUAGAAGCACUUAUAAAUUUUGAUAGUUCCUUUUCUCAUGAAAUUGCUGUGUAAGUUGUUACUAAUGAGGGUAAGUGCAAUUAAAAGUAAGUUGUAAGAUGAAAUAUUAUUCUUUAACAUAUACAUUGCGUAAUAAAGGUCUAGUUUAUAGGUUUUUGAACUAUGCAUAAUUUCCUGUAUUGCCAUUCUAUU